ACUCAGGGACGAGUCUAAGAGGCGACCCGGAAGACAGUGCUUGCACACAUCCGUCAGGGCAGGACUUUCUGACCGUUGACCCGGAAGCGCUUAUGGUAGCCCCUCGGGAUUCCGGGAUCCCAUCAUGGUCUUCCUUACGACGCGGCUCUGGCUACGGAACCGCCUCACAGAUCGCUAUUGGCGGGUUCAGGAGGUGCUGAAACAUGCUGGGCAUUUUAGGGGAAGGAAGAAUCGCUGCUACCGGCUGGCCGUCAGGGCGGUGACCAGAGCCUUCGUUAAGUGUACGAACUCCCGCAGACUUAAGAAGCGGAACCUGAGGACCCUCUGGAUUAAUCGAAUUACAGCUGCCUCCCAGGAACAUGGCUUACAGUACCCAGCAUUUAUUCUCAACUUAGUUAAGUGCCAGGUGGAGCUCAACAGGAAAGUACUUGUGGACCUGGCCAUCUAUGAACCAAAGACGUUUAAAUCUUUGGCUGCUUUGGCUAAGAGGAGGCAGCAGGAAGGAUUUGCUGCAGCUUUGGGGGAUGGAAAGGAGCCUGAAGGUAUCUUUUCCAGAGUGGUACAAUACCACUGAAGGCUGCAGUGCUAUAGAAACUGUUAAAAACAAGAUAGGACCAAAAGGAUUGUCACCAGUAAGUCUGAUUUGUAUUUAUUUACAUUUUAGCAACAGGCCUGAGACAACAGGUGUUUACUCAGUGACUCAGCCCCAAACUGUCCUGUAAAGAAUGUACAAAUAAAGUUUUUGCAGUGUUGAA